AAUUUCCAUAUUUAUUGAAAUGAAAUGAAAUGUAAAUUCACAGGGGACAAGUAAAUUAAAGAACCAUAGCUGCUGCAGAUAGUAGGACGGCGGCGCGUUGUCGUGUGUGGGUGGUGGUUGUAUAAUUCAGUCAGACGUAAUUGCAUCAUCAAUGACACCAUAACUACACCGUUCCACCACCUCUUUAACCACCACCUCACCUCACCUCACCUCACUCCCACCCAAACACCAUGAAGUUCAUGAAGCUCGGUUCCAAACCUGAUGCAUUUCAUUCCGAUUACGAUUCAUAUACCGUCAGGUGCGUUUCAUCUGAUCUGGUGACGGACUUUACCGUCAUAGUUGAUAAUAUCAAAUUUCAUCUUCACAAGUUUCCGCUUCUUUCUAAAAGCAACAGAUUACAGAAGCUAGCGUUAACCUCAACCGAAGAUAACUCUAACGACGUUCAACUCAUCCAGUUUCCUGGAGGACCUAAAAUUUUCGAGAUCUGUGCAAAAUUCUGUUACGGAAUGACGGUUUCCAUCAGUCCGUACAACGUCGUGGCCGUCCGUUGCGCGGCGGAGUAUCUUGAGAUGACGGAGGAUAUCGAAAGAGGCAACUUAAUAUUCAAAAUCGAUGUGUUUUUCAAUUCGAGUAUUCUCAGUAGCUGGAAGGACUCCAUUAUCGCACUGCAAACUACCACAGCUCUUCCAGAAUAUUCUGAAGAUCUCGAGAUCACGAGUAAAUGCAUACAAUCAGUUGUUUUGAAAACCGCUGUAGAUCCGGCGUGUGUUAACUGGUCGUAUACGUAUAAUCGUAAACUCGAUGCGGUUGAUAAGGUGCAGGAGGUGGAGACUGGAUCGGUUCCGAAGGAUUGGUGGAUUGAAGAUCUGUGUGAACUGGAUGUUGAUGUUUAUAAGCGUGUAAUGUUUGCUGUGAUUGCGAAGAAACGAGUUGAAGGUGGCGUGAUUGGUGAGGCGUUGAAGAUGUAUUGUGUCCGGUGGUUACCGGAUUGUAAUGAUCGAGUUGAAUGUGAUGAUCGUGUUGAGAAGUAUAAAUCGUUGAUUGAAGCGGUUAUAAGCUUGUUAACACAUGACAAAGGAGUCGAUUGUUCGUGUAGUUUUUUACUGAAACUGCUUAAGGUGUCGGUAUUGGUCGGGGUUGAUCGGUUGCUAUGUAAGGAUUUGAUUAGAGAUAUUGGUUUGAAGCUCGAUGAAGCAUCGGUUCGUGAUCUAUUGAUUCCAGCUGAAGAUGCUCAAACGGUUUACGAUGUUGAACUUGUGCAGGAGCUUGUGGAUCUGUGUUUUAGUCGUAAAAGUAGUGAAGAAGAUGAGAAGAAUGAUGUCGUUUUGAUUAGUCCACAGCGGUGCAAAACCAUCGGUCGUUUGAUCGAUGGUUACCUUGCAGAAGUUGCAAGUGAUCGGAACCUCUCACACACUGUUUUCACAGCGUUAUCACGGUCGAUCCCUGAUGCUGCUAGACCGGUACAUGAUGGAAUCUAUGGCGCUGUUGACGUUUACUUGAAAGAACACCCGACGUUAACUAAAGUUGAAAAGAAGAAAGUUUGUGAGUUAAUUGAUGUGAAAAAGUUGUCAGCACACGCGUCCAUACACGCUGCACAGAACGAUCGGCUUCCGCUGCGAAUGGUGGUGCAGAUCCUGUUCCACGAGCAGGUUCGAGCCACUGCUGCGAUCAAAGAGGCAGCACGUGCCAACCGGGCGCAGGAACAAGACUGGGAGAUUAAAAUGCCGCUGCGUUCUAAGUCGCUAAGAACACCUUCACGGAUGAGGUUUAGUGAUGGGGAUGUGAAGGAGGUGUCGAGUGGUGGUAGCAUGCGGUUGCUGCCAUCAAGUUCACGGAGGUUUUUGGAUAGGUUUUGGGUGGUGGGGAUGGGUCAGCGGCAUGGAGAGAGCAAGAGCACCGGGACGUCUGGUAGUUCGCAAUCUAAGUCUUCGAGUUCAUCGUCAAGGAAACAGAGGUAUUCGAUUUCUUAAACGGCAGAUUAUGUUUCUGGGGCUAGGUUUAGUUUGUUUUAAAACAAAUUUGUUUCAGUAGAUGUAUAAAAAGCAUGAGGUGAUUUAGGUGUAGGAAGAUGUUAACAUGCCUUUUCAUUUUUGUAUUUUAAUAAAUUCAGUUCUAUUUUCAUAGUAUGCUUAUGAGUUGA